AUGGCAAUCUCCCUUUCUUCCUCUUACCUCCUCACUUUAUUCCUCACAAUCGCCGCCGCCGCCGUCCUUCGCCUCCCCACGCCCACCCACUCCGCCACCCACCACUCCGACGUACAACUCCUGAAGCAGCUCAAACGUACAAUCGCCCAAAGCACUAUCCCCCCUGGUUCCUGCAUCGACUCAUGGGACUUCACCCUCGACCCCUGCGACAACCUCUUCUCCGACAAAUUCACCUGCGGCCUCCGCUGCAACUCCUCCUCCGCCGCCGCCCGCGUCACCGAGCUCUCCCUCGACCCCGCCGGCUACUCCGGCUCCCUCGCCGCCGUCCCAUGGUCCGCCGCCCCCUACCUCCAGAUCCUCGACCUCUCCGACAACAACUUCUCGGGUCCCAUACCCGAAUCUCUCUCCGCCCUGACCCGGCUCAGGCGGCUCGGCCUGUCCGGCAACUCGCUCUCCGGCCCGAUCCCCGACUCGCUCGGCUCGCUCGCGGGGCUGGAGGAGAUGUGCCUUGACAGAAACAAUCUCACGGGGACCGUCCCCUCGAGCCUCAACAGCCUCGCUAAUUUGAAAAGGCUCGAGAUCCAAGGGAACCGACUCGGGGGCGAGUUUCCCGAUCUGGGUCGACUCGGUAGCCUCAGUUUCCUCGACGCCAGUGACAACGCCAUUUCGGGCGGCCUUCCGGCGUCCCUGCCGCCUGCCCUCGUCGAGAUAGCGAUGAGGAAUAAUCAGUUGGAGGGGAAUAUUCCGGCGGGCUUGGUGGCGCACUCAGCUUUCCUUCAGGUGAUGGACUUGAGCCACAACCAACUCACCGGGUCGAUACCUGCGGGUUUGUUCGCCCACCCGUCUCUAGAGCAACUAACAUUAUCAUAUAACCAAUUUGGGUCGAUCGAAAUACCCGGCGACUCGGGUUCGGGCAGUCAACUCAUAUCCGUUGACCUGAGCAACAACCAAAUUCACGGGUUUUUACCCGGAUUCAUGGGUCUAAUGACCUGUCUAUCGGCUUUGUCGUUGGAGAAUAAUCAGUUCUCGGGUUUGAUUCCGACCCAGUACGUGUUGAAGGUGAUGGGCCCAGGAACGGGCCAAGGGGCGGCGUCCCAAUUUGAGAGGCUGUUGUUGGGUGGGAAUUAUUUGUACGGGCCGAUACCGGGUGGGUUUCUGGGCCUGAAAGCGGGGUCGGUCACGGUCCGGCUGGGGGACAACUGCCUGUACCGGUGUCCGGUGAGGUGGUUUUUCUGUGAGGGUGGGGUACAGAAGUCAUUGAAUGAGUGUAGAGCCUUUGGCCCAAUCAUUCCUUGA